CACCAAAAUUAAUUAAUAAUAUCUAAACCUAGAGUGACUAUCUAAACCGAUGUGUUCCAAAAGACAACAUAAAAACUGACGGCGAGAUGGAUCGAUUCUGGUCUUAGCCGAGGGAAACUACGUACAAAAAAAACGAUGUGUUCAGUAAGCCAAUUUGCUGUCUUUUUUCCAACAAAUCAACGUCGAAGAGUGUAACUUUUACGUCGCUAACAGGAUAUUAACCAAAACACAGAAAAUAUCGUUUGGCUUGGAAGAACUGAUCGGCUGACAUAAUGAAUUCUGACAAGUUACAUAUCAACGACCUACCCGACGAAGUGCUGCGGCAUAUUUUCGCUUUUCGGCCGCAGCUGGAGAGCCGAAAACCGCUUUCCUUAGUGUGCCGACGGUGGAACGAUGUGGCAUUUGACUAUAGCUAUUUGGGCCAUAUUAAACUAAACUGGAUGCUUGGUAUGGACAGCGUAAAGAAACAGCAUAAAAUUUUACGAUGCUAUCGGAUCGUUCACCUGCGCUGUAUGCUGCACGGUAUUUUGGAUGAAGCGGACGCCGAAGAAAUAGUGGCAUUAUUUGAGAACCCUAGCUCAACCCUGCAGGAAUUUGUAUAUAAUGAAGCCUCACGUGGCUCUUUGGCGCUAAAGCUUCUUUUCAAAUGUCCGCACGUUAAGAAGGUUUACCUGCCCGCUGUCGAGGACGUCCCGGAUGAUAAACUACCGGUCCUAAACGAGUUGGAGGAAUUGGUAAUCCCAAGCAUGUCAAAGUUUAACAUCAUUCACUUAGCUCCGAAUCUACGUAAGCUUGAAGCCAGGAAUGACCUUUAUGAUCUACCGAUGGCAAUUCAGAAAUUGCCACUGGAGCAUCUGCAAGUGAAUUUGACAUUCUUUAGCGCUGAUCUAUUUCAAAAAAGUUCAAAUACAACCAAACUUACGACCGUUGAACUACUUGGAGGGUAUAUCGAUCAGAAAAGCUUGGAACAACUGUGUAGGGUAUGUCCAUUGUUGACCAAAUUAAGGGUUUGUGUCCGAUCGAAGAGUACAUCAUUGCAAUGUUUAGCUAGUCUGACCUAUCUUAAGGUCGUUGGUUUGCACGAUGUUAGUAAUGAAUUAUUUGCAAACAGUGACGUUUGUUUGUCCAGCGUUGAAACAGUCGAGUUAGAUCUAACUAGGCGCUUGCAUUUCGGCGAAUAUCUACAACAGAUUUUUCCCAGUGUUCACCAUUUAAAAUUUACGUACAGCGCGAGUGCAUUAGACUGGGAUUUGAUAGAAGAAAUUGGAAUCAUCAGCAAUGGUUUUCCACAUCUUAAGACGUUAGAAUAUUCGCAGCUAGGUCAAUCGUUUCCAUUGGAACUGCUUGAAGGGCUUUCCGAUCUACGUGAACUUAUCGUGAAUAAUGCGCAACUUUCAGGCAGCGACUUUCCACCCAUGACUAUAGAACAGCUGACGUUGAAAGAAUGUGAAUUGGUAGUAACGGACGAGAUGGAACAUAAUUUACCAAAUUUGCAAUUUUUGAAUUUACACGGCAUAGUACGGAUAACUGACGCCGAGAAGCUGCCAUCAAGCUGUACGAUUAGGCGGUUUGGUCGGAACCGUAGCGACAUAUGUGGUAUUAGGGAUAAGUCCGCUAUAUUUGGACACUUUAAGCCUUUCAAAUGAAACUUACUAAACAGCGGCUUUUUCUUUCAAUGUGGAGAAACCAAUGUUGUAAGCGAAAAAAAAAUACAGAGCAGCAAAAUUUCCGCUGCAAGGUUAAAUUUAAAAGAUAUAGACAGUAUUUUGUGUAUAAAUUUGCUCAAAUCGAACACUAUCCUCUAUGCUCGGAAGGAAGAAAAAUGUCAAAGAACACUUUCAAACAUCUGCACAAAUCUUGUGAGUCCAGUCUUUUUAGGUUUGCUGUAUAAAUUACAGUUCAAUAACGUUUGCAUUUACAUUGACAGUCACCAUUUACAUUUACAUAUAUUCUCAAAAAGCUUUCAUCCCAUGUUGAAUGAAAUGUGAGUUAGUUGUUAAACACGAGUCCAAAAUUAAAUAAGCCCGUCAGGUCAAAUACAAGCGAUUAUUUCACUCGUUAUUUUAGAAAGUAGACACAUUCUAGCGUCACGGGACAUCAUCCUUACUAUGCAAAUCAGUUACUAUUUCAUCAAAUCCCUGGCAUUCAAAGGGAAGAUUAUGUCCUCGUUAUUUAACUAUUUUACAAAGGUAUUUGCCAAAAAAUUAGUAAAUUAUUAUGCCUAAUAAUUUGGUAAUGUAUUUAAAAUUAUGACGUUGACGAUGCUUAAAAGUAAAUUUACUGUAGUGAAUAACGUAUAGCGUGAGGAAAAAAG